AAGAGUCUCUUUUAAUAUGUGUUACUCAAGUGCAGCCACCUUUCAGAGCCUGUACUACAGAAAAGUAAAAAAGAAAUUGUAUUAACUUGGAAAACUGGAAAAUUGUCAAGUGGAUGAUUUGAAUAGGACUUGGAUAUUUCUCAUUGAGACAUAAGUAAAUCCUGGAUGCUUAAUUAUGUGCUCAGUGUUAAUUGUGCACACUAGUGAGGCCCAUGACUGGGCCUCCUACCUAAAGCUUAUCCUGGAGGCUUCACAUCAUUUCCCUGAGGAUUCUAUUUCUUUCUAUCUUGUGGAUGAGGAACUUUCAGUGCAAGAUGAAGACUAUUCAGUUUUUAGAGAUAGCCAGUGCAUCUUGCUGUUACUCUCAGAAACAUUUAUAGAUAUUCAAAGCGAACCAGGGGUGCGGAACACCUUGAAGAAGUUUCUUUGUCCGCCAAGAAAGAUCGUUGCAUUUUUGUGUGGCAUCUCUGAAAACGAUGACUUGAUGGACUAUUUUGAACACUGGAAUUAUUGGAGAAAGCUUGAUUCAGAUGACGAACCAGCACUGUAUGUCUCUACAGUCUGUGAAGUUAUUCAGGAAGAAAUCAUUGAUAUUCCUGAGGAAGAAGCUAUUGCUGAAACUAUGAUCCAAUCACCAACACAAAUUUUGGAUCAGCCUGAUCCAGAGGAACCACACUUGGUCCAUUCAGAUAACUUCCAGUCACCAGAGGAAGAUGUAGGGGUUUUUGAUGAAAACUCGUGUCAACUGAGAAGCCUGUCUCUAUCAGAAGAACAGAAAUCAUGCAUUACAGUCCAACCUAACAGAAUCCUCUGUGGGACCCAAGUGGAUAUUUAUAUCAUCAUGGCAAACAAGUUAAACAGUCAAGACAACAUUGAAGUGGAGUUUCGAUGUGAAAGUUCGACGAAACAUGUGCCGGGAACUGCUGUGAACGAAUAUAUUGUUACAGUUCAGUCACCUGAAAUGCCAACUGGAGAAGUUAUUCUGCAGCUUUAUAAUAAUGAGUCGCCUUUAUUUUCAACAACUGUGACAUACUACACAGAAAUGGAGGAAAUUAGCAAUUAUCUUGAGAAAGUUAUGGACCCCGUGCAUUUCUUUUGUCAGGCAUUCAGUAUUUCAUCAAAUUCUUUAGAGGAAUUGGAUAAAUUGUUCACAGAUUCUCUAAAAAAACAGAUGCCUCCAAAUGGACUAAAAAUAUUUGGAAUUACUCAGCUUGAUGAGGAGAGUACAAAUCAGAGGGAUGUGGAACUUCCAACGUUACUUCACUUCUCGGCAAAGCAUGGAUUAAAACAGCUGACUAGCACUUUGCUGCAAUGUCCUGGAGCCCUUCAGGCCUACAGCAUAGCGAACAAGCAUGGGGAUUACCCUAAUACCAUGGCUGAGAAAAGUGGUUUUCCUGAUUUGAGACAGUUCAUGGAUGAUUAUGUUGAGACCGUAGACUUAGUCAAGUGUCACAUAGAGGAAUCCAUGGGAACUCAUGAAGAUGAGGACAUUUAUGAGCCAAUGGCAAAUUCAUCGCAAAACUUUGUUGCAAAGUUUUCUCUUCAGGAGGACAUCUACGAGUCCAUGAUGCAACUCAAUCCUGACAUACAGCUGUAUGAGGACUUGGAGAGUUUGGACAGUUCUUUUAAUGAGUCUCAUUCAGAAGACGCUGUGUUGAGAAAGUUUUUUGCAGCAAAUGUACAGAAGCAGUCCGAGACAGAAGACGAUCUUGCAAAUAAUGCAUACUCGGGUAAAGAAUUUGACGAGCCCGAACUGGAAAACAUAGAAGACAAUGUGGAAAACUAUGAGGAGGACGAUGAGGAAGACCCAUAUAAGCUCUGCUUUCCAGAGGAAAUUUAUGACACCAUAGAUGACGAAAGUGGCUUUGCACCUGUUAUUGCAAAUCGUCCCCCGGCCCCAGUACCUCGAGCAUGCCCUAUCUCUGAACCUGAGGAAUGCAAAACCUACAUUUCAACAGUUUUCUCUUCCAAGAACUCGUUGUAUUCAGAAACCAAUAGCAACCAGUCUUCUCAAGUGAGGCCAGCUCCAGAGCGAAUGCUAAGCAGUGGCCACGAUCCAUAUGCGGGCAUGAAGACCCCGGGUCAGAGGCAGCUCAUCUCCCUGCAGGAGAGGGUGAAGGUGGGAGCGCUGACUGUGGAGGAGGCAGUGCAGGAGUUUAAAGCCUGGCAAUUUGACCAGGAGAAACGUUCCCAGUCCGUUCGGUUCCAGCAGGAAAAUUUACAAAAAUUACGGGAUAGCAUCAUCAGACGUAAAAAGGACAAAGGAAAAAGUGGAAAAGUGUUAGAUCUGGAUAUAACUGCUCCAGUGCAGAGGAACCUGCAAUGGGGAUCUCAUAUGAAUGUUGAAUGUUCAGUGUAUGAACCAGCUCCUCGCUCCAUUAACCACCCUCCUGCUUUAAACAAAACACCACAGAGGGGAACUUGGCAUACAGGAAGUACAUCCAGCACAUCUAGCAGUGGCAGCAACAGGUUGAGCACGCUAAGUACUGUCAGCAACAGCAGUGGGCCAGAUGGUGACCUAGAGGAGCCCCAGGAAAACAGUGUUCCUCCACCUCGCCCACCCCGGCCAUCACCUGAAACUCGGCCCACACUCCCUCCUCCUAGAAUCCCUCCACGUGUACCUGAACGGUUUCCAGACACGAUGCUGAACGAGCGUUACGUAUCAAGUCCAGCUCGUCACCUCCACCACGUGCCUCCUCCAAGAUCCACCCCUCCACCACCCAUACGACGGCCACGGUGAUCAUAUGUUAGACAUGACUUAUGCUUGAUAUUGUCACUUUUGCCAAGCAUAUGGAACUUAAAAGUUGUAAAAUACUUUUCAUAAUAAAGGAUAAAGGCUGCCAUCUGGUGGCCAGGAGUUGUUAUUGGACAGCUAGAGGACUGCUGCACUGAAAGACCUUGGUUGUGAUGCUUGAAAAUGCCUUGGUGUUACUUUUGACUUUUGUUGUUGUUGGUGUUCUUAUUGUUAUGGUUGUUAUUCUUUAGUAGCACAUAUUAUACCUGAAAUCACAAUAUUGUAAACUCAACAGUAAUUACUAAUUGAUUUAAACAUGUUGUUGUUCAAUUGAUUACUGGUUUUGCUUUGGUUAAAUCAUCAUUCAUAUCGCAGCGUCUUUAGUAAACUAGAACCUUUAGAUGAUUUACAGUUUUAUAAGCAGUAUGUAAUGUUUUAAUCAAGGUAAUUCAAAGCAUUUAUCACAACAUAAAAUCUACUUUAUUCUUUUCUUUUAUAAGCUCUAUAAUAACCUUUUACUUCUAACCAGAAGUGUUUAUGUCUCCAAGACAUAUGAACUAAAAAGGAAACUAAAGAUGAAAUGAAAUGACACUGAUGAUUGUUUAAAAAAAAAAAGCUGGUGUAGCAUUACUGGCAUCGUUCAAAAUAACUGAAGAUAGCUUUAUGCUUAAAGGUUUUUAUUUCUGAAAAAGAAAUAUUGUGAAAGCUGUAUGAAGCAGAAAAGCACCCCAGUCAAAUUAUUUUCUUACAAAAUAAAUUUGUAUGCAAUGUA